AGAGGAUGGUGCUUGGAUGAGCUCGAAAAAAUAAUCGACUGCAAGAAUGUGAACAAACAGAUUGUUUUACCUGUUUUCUCCAAGAUAAGGCCCUCACAUGUACGAAAUCAGAAAGGCACUUAUGAAAAUGCAUUUGCUAAACAUGAAUCGAGGUUUCAAGGAAACGACUUGAAGGUGCGAAAUUGGAGAUCAGCCUUGAAGAAUGCUGCUGACAUAUUUGGCUAUGUUUCAUACAAAUUCGACGAUGACGCUAAGCUCAUUGAUAAAAUUGUCGAAGAUGUUUUGUUAAGAUUGAAUGUUAUCCAUCCUUGUCCUAGUGAAUCACAAGGCCUUGUUGGAAUUGAUCAACAUGUUGCGCGUAUUAGAUCAUUUUUGGAAAUGGAAUCAAAAGAAGUUCAAAUCCUUGGAAUUUAUGGUAGGAGUGGCAUGGGUAAAACAGCCAUUGCACAAGUUGUAUAUGACGAAUUCUCUUCCCACUUUGAAGGCCGUUGCUUUUUACACAAUGUCAGAGAAGAAUCGGAAGAGCAUGGGCUGGAAUAUUUAAGUGACAAACUUAUUUCUAAACUGCAGGAGGAUAAAUCCAUUCCUGUUCAAGAGAUGCCUAUUAGUAAAAGAAGAGUUUUUGUGGUGCUUGAUGAUGUGAGUACUCGAGAACAAAUAAAGCAUCUGGUUACAGAGGGAAUUUGUUGGGGACCUGAUAGUAAAGUCAUUGUAACAAGCAAAAAGAAGCAAGAGCUAGCUGCUGCAGGAGGACUACUUCAUGAGAUGUAUGAGGUCAAGGAAUUGGACUUUGAAGAAUCCCUCAAGCUUUUCAGCUUAAAUGCCUUCAAAAAGAGCCAUCCUGAAAGGGGAUAUGAAGAACUUUCAAAAAGACUAGUUGCUUAUGCCAAGGGCCUUCCUCUAGCUUUGAAAGUUCUGGGUUUGUGUCUUUGUUCCAGAGACAUAGAAGCAUGGGAAAAUACAUUGAGAAAACUUGAGAAGCAUGCCCCUCCUCGAAUUCGAGAUGUGUUGAAAAUGAGUUAUGAUGGAUUAGAGGUUGUACAAAGGCAGAUAUUUCUUGGUCUCACUUACUUUCUUGGACGAAAACGUAAAGAUCAAAUCAUGAGCCUAAAUGAUGCCAAUGGCAUUUUUGGUACUAUUGGAAUAAAAGAACUUCUAGAUAAAGCUCUUAUAUUCGUUUCAAACGACAAUAUAAUACGGAUGCCUCACUUGAUUCAAGAAAUGGGUUGGGAAAUUGUUUGCCAAGAAUGGAACAAAAAAUACUGAACAAUCUCAGUGCUGGAUGGACUUUGUGGUACGGUAUGAUCUGGCGCGUUAUGCAGGCCCAGCAAUGUUGUUUGGAACAGAAUACUGGGACCUCUGAAAGCUUUGAAAGCUGAUCAUACCAUUAAAGCUCUCAGAUGUAGAUGGUCUCUAUCCAGUGAAACAAACAAAUUGCCAUCUUCUGCCAGCUGCACUCCUACGCUUCAGAAGAAGUGUCUAACAAGGUGUGCAGUGUUGGUGCAUCCAGAAGAAAUAGCCCAAAAAACUGUCCAAUGUUUAUUUUAGUUUCUUGUAUGGAGCAAAAGAUAUGUAAUUUGUGAGUAUUGUAUCAUUUAAUAUUUGAGAGCUGAAUUAUGUAUAUGUAAUGCAAUCUUUGUAAAUAGUAGUUUUGAAAUGGAUAAAAGGUUAUAGGUUUUUCCACAA